AUGCGGCCGGUCUCUCAGCUAUUGGUACUCCUGGCGUUGGUACUUGGCACGGCGGCCAGAUCGUAUCAUCGCCGUGAACAGCACACCCAGAUCCUCAAGGACCCCGGGGAGCGGCAUGAGACUGGAGGAACAAACAAGUAUAUCAUCGAGGUCGAGAAGGGCACGAGACUCGGGACUCUUACAAAGAGAUUUGAAGAGGAAUCCCAGGCUAAUGGCACUUACUACAAGGAGUUUGAUUGUAGUGAUGUGUUCUCUGGUCUCACCAUUGAAUCAAAGACCGACAACGUCGACUCACUGCUCUCAAUGGAGGGAGUCGUCAACGUCUGGCCCUUGAGAUCUGUCCCAAUGGCGCCGCUGGCGAAGAGAACAAAGCUGUCGGGUAAUAUGAAACAUCCAAACACCUCUGCUCACCACUGGACAGGAGUGGAUAAGCUACAUAAGGCUGGAAUCAGAGGCAAGGGCGCCACCGUGGCAGUGAUUGACACUGGGAUCGAUUACACCCACAAGGCGCUUGGUGGCUGCUUUGGGCCUGGAUGCAAGAUCUCUGGAGGAUACGACCUUGUUGGGGCAGACUGGGAUUCUCACGAAGAGAUGCAUUUUCCUAAGAAGCCGGACGAUGAUCCAAGAGACUUCUAUGGACAUGGAACGCACGUUGCGGGCAUAAUUGCUGGACAGAGCGACUGGUUCACUGGGGUAGCACCUGAUGCCGACCUCCUCAUAUACAAAGUGUUUUCUGAUGCAUGUACCCCGAUAUCGCACGCUGGGGUUUGGGAUCCAUUGGACACUGACGAGGAGGUCUUGAUCCAAGCCUUCUGUGAUGCGUAUAGCGCGGGCGCCGAUAUCAUCACGGCAAGCAUUGGUAGGCCUAAUGGUUUUGUGGACAAUCCAUGGGCGUUGGUUGCCAGCCGUCUUGUCCAGCGAGGCAUUGUUGUCACAAUAUCGGCUGGGAAUGAGGGCUAUACAGGCCCUAUCUACUCCAGCAGCGGCUCGAACGGAGACGGAGUCAUCUCUGUGGCUGCAGUCAAUGCCACCGGAAACACCAACGAUACUGUGGAUUCCAGACCAGUUGCCGCUUACUUUAGCACUUGGGGUCCUACCAACGAGCUGCUACUGAAACCGGACAUCGCCGCGCCUGGCUUCGACAUUGUCAGCACAGUGCUGGACGGGGAGUAUGAGGAAAUGAGCGGGACGAGUAUGGCCGCGCCGUACAUCGCUGGAGUCGCUGCCCUCUGGAUUGGCAAAUAUGGCGGCAGGGCUGUCCAUGGGCCCAAGACCGCCAAGCUGGUCUCGGAGCGCAUCACAACCAGUGGGAGCAGUGUUGCCUGGAGUGCAGACAUUGUCCGCUUCAACCGAACGGCCCCUCCGUUCCAAGUUGGAACUGGGCUGGUUAACGCUCUCAAGGUCCUACACUAUGACACGCAGAUAAGUGCAAAGCCAUUCUCUCUCCUGGACACGGAGUCAUUCCAGCCCGAUUGGACGGCAAAUAUUACCAACCGGGGAAAUACCAGCGUCACCUAUACUUUUGAAGUCGAGCCUCAAUCCGGAAUGGAGCUUCUGGAUAGCUAUUACGGCAUCAAGACAUUAUUUGAGCUCACCCCCAUAAACAUCGUCCCCAAUAUCACCCUUCCCAAGCCAAUCACGGUUCCGCCCAUGAAGACUAAGACAGCCGAGUCUGUAAUUCCAUAUCCCUCUUUUGGACAGAGAACAUUGACUGAGAUCUCCCUUUUUAGAUUUUCCUUUCAGCUCCCCAAGAUCAACGACGAGCUCCUACCACUCUAUGGUGGAAAGAUAUGGUUCAAGGGGAGUAACGGGGAAAGCCUUUCUGUCCCCUAUGGUGGUGCGGCUUAUGAUACCGAAAAGGAGUUUGACUCCAUGUUCGCAACUCAGCCGUAUAUAAACGAAUUCGAGAACGACUGGAAGUGGAGUUUCAAUACCAACGUGAGGCCGUACGACUUCGUGGAGCUGUCUGCCCGCCUCCGGUAUCCCUGCUCUCACCUCCGAUGGGAUAUUUUCUCCCGGUAUUGGGAUGAGCGCAGUUGGGUUCUACCCACUGUCCCCGGGGAAAACGGCUACAUUGGUUCGGCAACUACAUUCCGGGACGCCGACAUGUUCUGGUACUUUGACCCGAAGCGCAUGGACAAGGAGGACACGAUCCCCUUCCCCAUUAUGCGCGUUCCAAGAGGUUAUGGGAGCUACUGGUGGUUUGGCAAGUUGGCCAACGGCUCGUACAUCAGACCGGGAAACUAUACUAUGCGAUUUGCGGCUUUGAGACCGUACGGGAACCCUAAUCUCACAGAUCACUGGGAUAUCAUGGGUCAAGAUGCGCUAUCAUUCGAAGUUCUGCCCAUGAACACUACAAGAAAUUCGACCAGGCUAAUUAGACAUGCCUACACAUGA